AUGGGCCAGACAUUUAUACGAGCGGAGUUUGCACCGGAUGGGUACUUGCCGCCGCACAGGCACCCUAGGGCCUCUGAGAUCAUCUAUGUCUUGGAAGGUACAAUGGAGGUCGGAUUCGUAAACUCGUACCCAGACUACAAAUAUUACAGCAAAGUUCUUAACAAAGGUGAUGCCAUCAUGAUUCCUUUUGGCCUCGGUCACACCGUGCGAAAUGUAGGCACGGGGAAAUGUGCCAGAAUCCAGGAUUUACUUACAUCCCCCGACUCUGUUUUCGCGGCCAAGCCUGCCAUCAACAGCACUUAUCUAGCCGGAGCAUUUGAGCUGUACGAAUAA